UUUACUUCCUCUUCCUGGUUGCUCUAAGAGGGAGAGUGACAUGUGGUCAUGCUCUGAGGCUUAUCCACAGCCAUCCACUUGGGAACAUUGUUCAGGCAACGCUUUACACUACACUGCUUGUCAAAUGAAGAUUCUUAGAGUAAAAGGUCAACUCUACUCAGACUCCUGUAUUCAUUGACAAAGGUUUAGCUUGGUGUUUAAUCAGAGUUGCUACACUCUGCAACAGAACACUACAGUGAAAAGGCGGCACUCGAUGUUCCUAUCCGUUUGAGAUGGCAGCAAGCAACAAGUCAUCGGUAUCAAAUACCAGGAGCAACAUGACAUCAGCAUCAUCUGUAAGUGCGGCUCGUGCCAGAGCUAAAGCAGAAGCUGCUAAGGUAGGAGCAUCAUAUGCUAGCCAGGAGGCUAAAUUAAAACUGGAAAAGGUGUUAGAGAAGCAGAAAGGAAAACUAGAUAAGCUCAAAAUCAGUUGGAAACUGCUAGAAUGGAUACAGAGCUGGAAGUGCUAACAUUAAAUCGUGAAUCAGACGCAGCCAUCACUGAAGCACAGGUGUUAGAAGAUGUAGCAGAAAUGCAUGGAAAUAUAGAAAAUGUGUGCUUAAAUUGCAACAUAUUAGUGAAUAUGUUUGCUCUCAUAAUGAUCAGAAUCAGUCUACCUUUGCACCAGUAUGUGUCCCACUUGUUAAAUCUGUAGAUUAUGCAGAAUCACAAGAUCGUUUCAGAACAUGGCAUCCACCUGCAAGCUUAGCGGAAUUCCAACAUAGGAAUAGCAAGCCCAUGACUGAAACGGGUGAUGGGACACAUCCACCCACAACAAAUCUGUCUAAAGUGACCAAAGCUGAAUCAAAGACUGACAUCAAAAGGACAAACCCUCGCAAAUAUAUAGGUGCUCAGUCACAAACACCCCGGCAUAUGCUUUCAAUGAGCGUGUCACAACCACCACACCCUCUUGCACAGUAUUUGGCGUGACGUGAUGUUGUUACGUCAGGACUGUACCAAUUUGAUGAUAAGCCAAAGAAUUUCCGUGCAUGGCGGUCCUCAUCCACUAAUGCCGUGGCUGAAGUUCAACUUACAGAAACACAAGAGUUAGACCUCAUGGUUAGGAAAAGAGUCUGGACAGCAAAUAAGAUGCAUACACUUGGUGCACGUGAAUGAUGCUGGUUUGGCUCUGCGCAAGGCAUGGGAGAGACUGAAUGGCUGCUAUGGUGCCCCUGAGAUGAUUGAGAAGUCACUGUUUCAGAGACUUGACAGUUUUCCAAAAAUUAUGGCCAAAGAUCACAUCAGAUUACGUGAACUUGGGGAUUUGCUCAUGGAGAUACAAGGUGCCAAGGAGGAUGGAUAUCUCACCAGUCUGUCGUAUCUAGACACCUCCAGAGGUAUUGCACCCACAGUAGACAAGCUUCUAUAUGGGCUCCAGGAGAAGUGGGUGUCAUCUGGGUCAUGGUACAAAGAGGAGAACAACGGUUGCUUUCCUCCCUUCAAUUACUUUUGUAACUUUGUGUGUCAUGAGGCGAGGAAGCAAAAUGACCCCAGCUUUAUUCGUUUUUUUUUCUCUUUGGCUCUUGGCGAAGGCGGUCGCAUUUUUCUCCUCUCCUUUUCUCAACGAGAAGUCUGGGCUCGGGUGAGCCUGAGUGCUGAAGAUAUCUACCUUUUCGGAACCAUGAUAACAGGGUUCUUGCUGAUCGGAGCUGGCUUGGCCCUGGCUUAUCGAAGAUUAAAGAAAGCGGAAUCGACUGUUCAAAACCCCACAAGGCUGCCCGCUGGGAUUGAAUUGAUGGGACGAGUGGUGAGUUCUCAAAAUGGGCUCAUUGAGCGCAGCACGGAUAAGAUCUUGGAGAAGCUUAAGGCUGCCGUGAACACUCAGAAUAAGACCUCUGAGCGAAAAUUGAUUACACCUUGGAGAAGCCCACUGCGGUCGUGAGUUCUCAGAAAUUGCUCUUUGAGCACAAGAAGGACAACAUCACGGAGCGUAAGUUUGAUAACAUCAUGGAGAAGCUCACAGCUCUCCAACAGGAGAUUGAGAAACCAGUGUUGGACUGUUAGAACAACUCACAUGAGUUGUUCACAUUAAAGUAAAAACCACCAUCACUUCAUGCAGCUACCACUUCAGCGCCAGCUGCGGUCUCAAGGCUGGAGCUGAACAAAAACACCCUGACAACAAACUGUGCUUAGACUGUUCCUCCCUUAUGCAAGGCCACCUGGGUUGGCUGGAAGACUGUUUACUUAGUCUGGCAGGGCGAAGGACACUGUCUCAGCUGAAUUUUGGACACACACACACACACACUGAUACACACUCAUCCCCCCUCCCUUUCCGAACGCCUUCGAUGCAUGUCCCCUCCCGGGGAAGAUGGCGGUUGUAUAGGAAUUUCUUUCAUUUAGGUAUUAAUCACAUUAUUUUAUUGUAUUAACAUGUCUGACACUCAUACUGUAAGAUAAAUGGUGGGGGGUCUAGUAAGGAAGCAGACAACUCCACAGGAAAGAGUCUUUUGUCUCUUCGAGGACUCUGGGAGGUAGCAAGGGAAUGUGAAUCUUAAGGUGUGAAACAGCUGUGUACUGCCUUUUGCAAACCAAGUCUACCACCCACAAAAGCCCAACCAAAUCAGGGUAGUUUUUGAUUCCAGUGCUCAGUACUGCGGGGUCUCUCUCAAUGACGUGCUUCUGACUGGUCCCGACCUUAACAAUUCUCUCUUGGGUGUCCUUCUACGCUUCUGAAGGGAGAGAGUAGCUAUCCUCGCUGACAUCCAACAAAUGUUUCCAACGGACUCAGGCUUCACUGGCUGAAUCGAACCUCUGCUUGCACAAGUUUGUGUCAAACAGUCCAGCAGUCACUGGAGCUUUCCUGCCAGAAGAUUGUGUCCCACUCAUCAAGGAUCUGGAUUUGAGUGGGGAGACAGCACCUAUGCAGUGCAGCCUGGGUUUUCUGUGGGAGAUCAGAAAAGAUACAUUCACAUUCUCUGCAUCAACUAUUAUCAAAUCUUUCACCCGACGUGGAGUCCUCUCUAUCAUCAAUAGUGUUUUUGAUCCGAUGGGUGUGCUGACACCUGUCACAGUCCAGGGAAGAGCUCUUCUUAGGGAACUUACUUCGGAACUGACUGACUGGCAUGCACCUCUCCCAGAGGACAAGCUGAAGAAAUGGGAGAGAUUCUCUUCAAGUCCUAAAGGAGCUUCAUGUGCCACGUGCAUACACAUCAACCUCACUCCCCAAAGCUGUACACACAGAGUUGUGUGUAAUCUCGGAUGCCUCAACUAUGGUCAUUGGGGCCAUCGCUUACUUGAGAGCCAUUCAGGAGGAUGGAAAAGUGGAAGUAGGAUUUGUUAUGGGCAAAGCCAAAUUAGCACCCCAAUUUGAACCAACCAUCCCAAGGCUCGAACUCUGCGCUGCUGUCCUUGAAGUAGAAAUGGCAGAUCUCAUCCGGGAGGAGCUGGAUCUGAAAUUGGAUGCUGUCAGGUUCUACACAGACAGUAAGGUGGUACUCGGAUACAUUUGUAAUAUGACAAAAUGCUUCUACACAUAUGUCCAUAAUAGAGUCCAACGUAUCCAACAAUCUACCAGACCAGAACAAUGGCAUUAUGUACGCACGGAAGCAAACCCUGCAGACCAUGCAUCCAGAUCUUUGCCUGCAUCCCAUCUGGCACAGAGUUCUUGGUUCACCGGACCUUCAUUCCUGCAUCAGUUAUCUGCAGAAACAACACAAACUGGUGAGACGUUUGAGCUCAUCGACCUAGAAAAUGACUCAGAGAUUCGACCACAGGUACACACAUACAUUACUCAUCUGGAGGAAUGUCUCAUCAGUGUUGGAGGCGGACUGAAACAUUCUCAACUUAUGUGUGAAGAAAAGAACCCAGUAAUCCUACCUAAGGACAGCCACGUUUCCUUACUGCUCGUAUGACAUCACCAUGAGCAGGUGAGACAUCAGGGUCGACAUCUCACAGAAGGCGCAGUAAGGGCAGCUGGACUGUGGAUUUUGGGUGGUAAGCGACUAAUCAAUUCAGUCCUACACAAAUGCGUAAUCUGCCAGAAGCUGGGUGGGAGACCGGAAGAACAACGUAUGGCUGACUUACCAAGGGAACAUCUCAAGGUUUGCCCUCCCUUCACAUACGUUGUUUUUGACGUCUUUGGGCCUUGGUCUGUUGUAACCAGACGCACCAGAGGAGGACAGGCAGAGAGCAAACGGUGGGCCAUGAUGUUUAGUUGUUUGAGUUCAAGGGCCGUCCACAUUGAGCUGAUUGAGUCUAAGGACACAUCUAGCUGUAUAAACGCUCUUAGGUGUUUCUUCACUGUCAGAGGCCCUGCAAAGGAACUCCAGUCUGAUUGUGGGACCGACUUCAUUGGAGCUAGCAAGGAGUUGGAGAUGGACAAUACUGUACAGGGGUACCUCAGCAAGCAAGGAUGUAGCUGGAACUUCAGACCCCCACAUGCUUCCCACAUGGGAGACUCAUGGGAACGGAUGAUUGGUGUUGCCAGGAGAAUCCUUGAUUCAAUGCUCUUGCAGCAAAAGAGUCGCCUAACCCAUGAAGUGCUGUCAAUGCUAAUGGUAGAAAUCACAGUUAUCAUCAAUGCACGUCCACUCCUACCUGCGUCUACAGACCCACACCAACCUUUCAUUCUUUCACCUGCCACGCUCCCCACACAGAAAUCAGGAGUUCCACCUCCUCCUGGAGAUUUCACAGAUAAGGACGUCUUCACAAAACAAUGGAGGCAGGUUCAAGCGCUUGCAAACCAGUUUUGGGCCCGUUGGAGCAGAGAAUACCUACCAUCCUUACAACAAAGACAAAAACGGACAGUGACACGCAGAAACCUUCAGGUUGGGGAUCUGUUUCUCCUCAGGGACAAUUGGACUGUCUGCAACUAUUGGCCCAUGGCUAUACUCACAGCAACUUUUCCUGGGAAGGAUGGACAUGUGAGAAAGGUUGAGGUAAAAACGACUGACCAAGGUGACACAAGAACCUUCCUAGGGCCAGUUGCAGAAGUAGUUCUUCUUCUGCCUAAGGACUGAUUUAAGGACUGUUGUUUGGACUCAUUCAAGUUCAUAGUGGCCUCACAUAGGCCAGGCGGCGAGUGUGAUGCCUCAAAGGCAUUUAUGUUCAUUUAUCUUUAAUGUUUGCUUAUUAAUUCAUUUCC